GGGUAACAAGUGAGAUUUGAGAAAGUAACCGAUUUUUAAUGCCUUCACCAAUGAAAAAGAAGCUAGUAAAAUGGACAGGAAACACUCCCGCUGGUCGUAGACUGAUAUAAUAGUUACAUACCAGAAUCAUUCAGUGCUGACAUAACGAUGGUGUCGAAUGCGUGCUUCGUUCUGCUUGUCAUACUGGCAAUAUGUGUGACGGGCGAAGGUUCUCCCCAAGUUAAAUACUUACACGUCAGAUCUGAUGUUAGGAUGCGGUUUGCUACUACAGAGAUCACGAGUGUAAUGGCCAACAACCAGAAUUACUCCACAGACGUUACAUUCAACGUGUAUCUCCCAGACCAAGCGUUCAUUUCGAAUUUCUCCAUGGUAAUUGAUGGAGAGGAAUAUGCAGGAGAAGUAAAAGAAAAAGAGCAAGCCAAAAAGGCGUACGAAAAGGCCAAGAAAAGAGGACAAAGUGCUGGUCAUGUCGCUCAAAAACCUCGAGAAGCAAACAAGUUCAAGGUUGACAUAAAUGUUGCUGCAUUGAAAGAAGUAAAGUUUACACUCAGAUAUCAAGAAUUACUGAAAAGAAAGUUUGGCAUUUAUGAACAUGCAGUUUAUGUGGACCCAGUUACUCCAGUGGACGAUUUUCUGAUCGAAGUUUUCCUUGCAGAAUCAAAGGAGAUCAGCUAUUUGCAAGUCCCACCAUUGAGACCCAUCGACCCAACCAUUGUGUUUAACGAGACAGGAAAAACUAAUCCAGAUGCUGAAAUUUCUCGUCCAUCAUUAAAGUCAGCUAAAAUUCUGUACAAACCGAAAGCAAACGUAAGUGGUGUGUUCGUCAUCAAAUAUGAUGUUGAUCGUCGAGAAAAGUUCAACGGAGAUAUAAUGGCAGUAAAUGGUUACUUCGUUCAUUUCUUCGCACCAACUGAUUUGGAUCCCAUUCCCAAAGAUGUUCUCUUCAUAAUAGACACAAGUGGAUCGAUGUAUGGACGCAAGAUGACUCAAGUGAAAAAAGCCAUGGAUCAGAUUGUAAAUGACAUGGCCGAAGGAGACCGUUUCAACAUUAUGGACUUUGACAGUAAUAUAAAAUUUUGGAAAGACGACAUGAUGCCAUGGGAUGAAAAGAACAAAGAGAAAGCUUUGAAAUGGAUAUACGAUCGAGACGCUUCGGGCUCUACAAAUAUAAACAAGGCUCUUGUCGACGGCUUGAAAUUACUUCAUAAUUUCCAACUCUCCAAGCUGGACGGACGUUCACCAUUGAUUAUAUUUUUAACGGAUGGUGCUGCCUCAUCAGGUAUAACCGACAGCAACAUGAUAUUACAAAACGUAGGUGAAAACAAUAAUGAUGAAAUUCCACUAUUUUCUUUGUCGUUUGGAGCUGAUGCUGACUUUAGUCUCCUCCAGAAGAUUUCUCUGCGAAAUUUCGCUGUUGCUCGACGAAUUUUCGAGGCUUCUGAUACUGUAAUCCAGUUAAAGAACUUUUAUAAUGAGAUAUCAGCUGCAUUGAUGACGAAUCUGAAAUUCGACUAUUUCGGAGACAAGGUUGAGAACGACUCACUGACCACCAGCCAAUUCCGUCGUUAUUUCAAGGGAACAGAAUCUGUAAUUGCUGGGCGUCUAAAUGAUGACUCAGUAUCAACACUCAGAUGGAAUCUUGUUGGAAGUACAAAUGCAGGAGCAAUCGAUCAUACGGAUGAAACAGAACUGUUCGAUCCAUCGGUGGUAGGCGAAGGAAUUGGUCUGCUAAAAGACGAAGACAUCAAGGGUAUUCCCGAAAAACUCUGGGCCUACAUAACAAUUAAGCAACUUUUAGACAAAAGAAUAGCAGCAACUUCGGAAGAGGAAAAGGAAGAAUUGAAACAGCGUGCAAUAGAACUUUCUUUGAAGUACAAAUUUGUAACUCCAGUGACAUCGAUGCUGGUUGUAAAACCGGAGAGUGAAUAUGAUAAUCCAUUAGAUACAACGACACCAAAACCCACAACACCACCAAGAAGAAGUGGUGGGUACAGUUAUGGAAGACGAGGUGGCGGCGGCGGCGGCGGCGGCGGCGGCGGUGGUGGUGCAUCUGGUGAUCCACAUUUCCUUGUGUACGUGAAAAACCUGACUUAUCCAGUGUGCUUUGACGUCCCUGCAAAGGAAGGUGAAAAACUGACUUUAAUUUCUGAUCCCGUAAGAGCUCUUGAAGUUACAGCAGCAAUGAUAGCAAGCAAAGAUCAUUACAAAACUGGUGAACUCAAGACCUUUAUGGGAACAAUAUUUAUUCAAUCACGCUUCACCAAUGUGAUCGUUACACCUCAAUACAUUUUCUUUAACGGUCAGAAGUAUUUGUGGACCAACGAGACACGAAUAAUUUCAAAUAACUCUAAUCUCGAAAUCAACGGAGAAGGACACAGUCUCAUGAUAAAAAUCUCGAAGCAACAACAGUUCCUUAUCAAACGCUCUUUGGCUGGUAAUCGACCAACGAAGGUUGAUUAUCUGAACUUCGACGUGGUCAUUGGAAAAGGAUUCUCAAAGAGUGUCACAGGCUAUAUUGGUAUGUGGUAGCACAAUUUGCAAUAU